UCGCAAAUCAGUGUGGUCUCCAUGUUCGUGAACCCGUUUCCCAAUAGCAGUGAAUCGAAAGACUGGGAACAAGUGGAUAUAGCCAGACUGCGCUAUCCUGUUGGAACAACCUAUGCGGAUGUCACUGGAAACGGUUUCAACGACGUUAUUAUCACGGACGAAUAUGGUCCCUCUAUGGACGAUUUGUGGAUGGACGGCGGGCGCAUCGUCUGGCUCCAGAACCCAGGCAACUCGAAAACAGGAAAUUGGCGUGAACGAUUUAUUGGUAGGAGCCCGAGUAUGCACCGCGUGAAAGCCGGGCAUUUCACCACCAGAGACAGAAUCCAAGUCGCCGGGUUCCCGAUUAUCGUCAGAGCAGGAGAUCGAGUCUCCCCCGCCCCCGUUGUGAUAUAUACCGCGCCAGAGUUCCCUGAAGACAACGAACAAGGAUGGGACGAGGAAAUCGCUUUUCCAGAUUCGUUCAGACUCGUACAUGAUGUCGAUAUUGUAAAAUCCACAAACGGCGGUUUGGAUCAAAUAUUACUUGCAGGACGUGAAGGUAUCAACCUUAUCUGGUACGAUGAGACUUGGCAGACGUGGAAGUCGAAGAACCUCGGCUCUGGGCUUGGACCGUCUCCCGAAAAUCCAUACUGGGGCGCAGGAUGCGUAUCUCUCGGUAAAGUUGAUACUGAUUCGUCUGGCUAUAUCGGAUCUGCUGAGGGCUUCCACGGCAAUCGCGUCUCGGUCUACGUCAAGGAAAAGAAUGCCCCUCCCGGCGAGAUCGCUAAUGCUAAAUGGACUCGGCACGUCUUGCACGAUUUUGGUUCUCUCAACCCGAGACACGAGGGCUCUAUCCAUCAUGUCAUAUGUGCAGACAUUGAUGGCGAUGGAGUCGAUGAGCUUCUGGUGGCUUGUAUGGGCUCUAACCCACCAUCUUGGGAGAGGACAGGUGUCUGGUGCUAUAAACCUGUGGAUCUCCAAUCCGGCAAGUUUUCUAGGUUCAAGUUGUCCGAUGAUUCAGCUGCACGGAUUGCUGUGGGUCAUUUCAGAUCGAGCAACGUUCUGGACUUCGCCACAAUCUCUUACUCCGUACCAGGAUAUUUCGAGUCACCUAGUCCUUCGGUGAUCUUACAUGCAAGCUCCCUCAUCACUGCCAAGAGACUGAACGAUGAGGUCGUUUUCCGUGUUCCGCGUCCUCAGAAUACCAGACUUGCGGACGAGGUGGCGUUCCUUGACGUAGCCAGUCGCAAGCUCUCUCUUGUUAUCGUCCCUCCGUUAACGCAGUACAAAAUUCAAGGGGGCGCUGGUCUCAAAGUCCUCGCUGGAAGAGUUAUUUGGACGGACUUAAACAACACGCAGCAGGAACGCACCCAAGCCACCAAUACAUUUGCUGUUGUUUCCACCGUCGUCGAUGCGAAAGAUGGCUAUGUUUAUACACGAAAUGAAGGAGCCGUCUUUCUGUUGAUGACCAGAUCAGAUACAUCUGGUCAGCCACCAUACUCUCACAUGGACCAACUGAAGGCUCGAAAUAUCCUUCCGACGCACUUCUCUUCUACACUCCGGUAUCUCGAGUUCCCCUGGGUCAAAGUCGAAGAUCGGCCUUGGGCGAAUGGGAGAUUCAAGGAUCUUGAAUUCUACAACCUCACCGGAUUUCAUGUCCGAUACGACGAUGAUUCAGACGAGCAGCUCUGUCAUAUGCAGCUCUGGACAGCAGGCGUAGGCGUAAGCGCUGGAUUCCAUAAUCACUUGGGAGAGCCGUUUUGUGAAAUUCACGCGUGUAUCGUGAAUGGGACCGGAAAAGGAGGAAUGCAUUGGGCGACGGUUCCUGACGGGGACUUUGAUCCUUCGAAGCCCGAGGCUGGGAAGACGGAUAGUGUGGUUGUCCCGGAUAUGUACGAGCACGGUCCGUUAUGGCGGACGAGGAGGGAUGGACUACCUAGCCUUAGGGAUAAUGGGACGGUUGAUUAUCCUUGGCACGCCUGGAUCGCGGGUGGAAGAUCCGGCUCUUCUCCACAAUCAUUCGAUGUAUGGGUCGCCUUUGAAUUUCCUCCACUUAUCGCUCGUCGUGAGAUACACAGUGAAGGCGUCAGCCCGAGGGAUGGGGUUUAUCGACUAGUGAAUACAUCUUCCAAUAUGGUCGCUGCUGUUCGAGAUGGAGACUCGACUGACGGUACUCCAAUUGUUACUCAACGCAGUAAUGGACGAUUGGAAGAGAUGUGGCGAGUCAAUUCCGUACCAGGGACCAACGUCUUCACUAUGACGAAUAUGGCUAGUGCUUCACAGGCCAGUGUAGCAUGGCCGCCUGUCGCGAAGCAAGUUCUUGUUGGUACACGGUCCCAUGCCGUUCUUAACACUACCUCGACGUGGUCGAUUGUGGCAGAAGGGUCGAAUGCAAUCCAGAGCUACCUACCUGCUUAUCUACCUUCCUAUCGGAUUCAACUGGCGGGCACCGAGCUGACAUGGACAACAACUGAUGAUCGGGUCGUACUAGCAGAAGGUUUUAGUCACUGUACACCCGUUUGGAGACUUGUCCAAGCACCUCCUUCGAGUGUUUAGAAGGAGGCUUGAAGCAAACUACAUACAAAUUUUAUUUUACUGGGUGACUGCAAGCAUCAUGGUCCCUGCGGACUUGUAUGUACAAAUGGGUUGGUUUUAGUUUCCAUUGAAUAUACAGACGAUCUUGGCCUUGAUACCGUGACAU